AUGGUUGUAGAAACCGCCUACUACGACGCCCUCGGCGUACCGCCCACUGCAUCAGAGCUGGAAAUUAAGAAGGCAUACCGCAAGCUCGCCAUCAAACUCCACCCAGAUAAGAACCCCGGCGACGAGACGGCGCAUGCAAAGUUCCAACAGAUCGGCGAGGCAUACCAAAUACUCAGCGAUGAACAGCUGCGAGCAGCAUACGACAAAUAUGGCAAGGAAGGCGCUAUGCCCAGCAGUGGAUUCGGUAUGGACAUGAUCGGAGAGAUUUCAUUAAUGAAGGAUCUCACCAAGACUAUGGAGAUUUCCCAGCGGGAGAUGGAAGAAGAAGCUGCUGCACAAGCCGAAGCAGAAAAGGCCGAGGCUUCCAAAGCCCCGGCGACCGGCGCGACCGAAGCUACUCCUCCAACUGGCGCAGCAGACACAACAGCUCCAAGUGCCGCUGCUAAGGCAAAGGAGGCCGAAGCAGCCGCUGAGCGCGCGGGAGCGCAUGCAGCAGAUGCGCCCCCAGCAUAUACCGAGCCACCACCUGCGUACGCAACGAACGCUGCUGAGGCGUCUACGUCCCCCAGAGCGACUUCGCCCCCGUCCCGGACAAGCACACCGCAGUCUCAAGGUAUACCGAUCCGCAUGGCUAUUAUGGAUAAGUCCGAGGAAGAUGCACGUAUGGAGGCACAAGGUAUGACCGACGCAGAGAAGGAACUACGUGAGAAACAGAAGAAGAAGGCCGGCCUCACCAAGGAGCAACGAGAAGAGCUCGCGGCAUAUGAAAUGGAGCGCAAGAAGAUUCGUGAUGAGCGUAUCGCAACCCUCUCCAAGAAGCUCGUCGAUCGUAUCUCAGUAUGGACGGAGACCGACAAAGCUACUGAUGUUACCGCUGCCUUCAAGGAGAAGAUUCACCUCGAGAUUGAGAACCUCAAGAUGGAGUCUUUCGGCCUCGAAAUCCUCCAUGCUAUUGGUACAACAUACGUUAUGAAAGCAUCGUCAUUCCUCAAAUCGCAAAAGUUCCUCGGCAUUUCAGGCUUCUUCUCUCGCAUCAAAGAUAAGGGUACGCUCGUCAAAGACACUUGGUCCACCAUGUCUGCUGCGAUAGACGCACAGCUCACCAUGGAAGAGAUGGCAAAACUAGAAGAGCAGGGUGGAGAUGCAUGGACAGACGAGAAGAAGGCCGAGUAUGAGAAGAGGGUCACAGGCAAAAUUCUCGCCGCCGCAUGGAGAGGCAGCAAGUUUGAGAUUCAGAGCGUGUUGCGAGAUGUGUGUGACGCCGUUCUCAACGAUAAGAAGAUCAAACUCGAGAAGAGAGUGGAGAGGGCGCAUGCGCUCAUGAUUAUCGGCGAGAUGUUCCAAAAGGCUGAGCGCGACCCGGAAGAAGAAGGAGACUUUAUGGCGUUCGAGCAGCUCAUGGCCGAAGCCGCGGCCAAAAAGGACGCAAAGCACGACAAGCACCACCACGACAAGAAGGAAAAGGAAAAGGACAAGAAGAAAGAAAAGGCAUGA